AUGGACUCGAUCUCGGAAGGAUUCGAGGACUCGCUCGUGAUUGAGAGUAGCGCGUCUGAACUGAGUCGGGUGUCACUCGAAGACGGUCUCAACAAAGAUCUCGCAUACAAAUACCGCAACAACAACAAUAACAACAACAACAACAACAGCAGCAACUAUAAGGCGACUAGAAACAAACCUGUCGAGUCGCUAAUGGAUCGGUUCCUCUCCUCGUCAGACGAGAGUGAUAGUUUCACGUCCGGCGAGCGAUACGCCUCUGCUGCGGCAGACAUUUCGUCUUUGCUCGGGAGUGAUAAUAGCAUUAGCGCGGCAGCAGAGGAACUUGAUGCCGCGCUGAAUGAUGCCUCUGAAAUGAGCAUCGAAAUCGGUCGUGGGUUCCAGGAAUCCGUGAGUUCUCCACAGGAUCGACGACCGCUGGGUUCAGCGCGACGAGUGGUCUCGGCUACUACCCCACUAUCCUCAUCCAAGACCAGAAAAUCUACAGCACCCCUAGGCGAGCGGCCAGUAUCAGAGCUCAAUCGCCCACGGAGUCCAGCACAAAGCCGCUUCGCGUCCUCGGCAAAGAAAUCACAACAGCAGCAACCACAGCCACGCCGCUCGAUGUCGCUCGCUACCGCGACAGAAGAAGUUCCGAAAUCAUUCAAAUCGACGCAGGAUCUUUUAAUGCAGCUGGGUUUAAGAGAAGACAGUCCGCGACGAAAAUCAACUAGUCGCAGCAAAAACCCGCCGCUUUCCUCUUCCGCGGGGUUUGGAAACGGAGCGACGGCGAAAAGUCGUAGUGUUUCCAUGCCGGGGUCUAUUAAGCAAUUUACCGCCGAUGACGACGAGACGGCGAAUGUUUUGCUGCCGGAUCUCACGGGGAUCACGUCGCUGAUCUCGGACGCGACGACCGAGGUGCGUAAGGAUACGCAUCGCAAGAUAGGCUCGGUUCCGAUUAGUGAUGAUGAUCAAGCAAUCCUCAACGCACUGAGAACGAUGCAAGACCGCAUCCAGCAACUCGAGACCAAGAACGCGACCUACAAGACCGCCGUGGCAACUCUAGACUCCGACCUGCGACGCACGAAAUCCGACUACGAGACCGCGCAAUCGCGCGUCGCAACUCUCGAGCGCGAACUCGAGCGCCAGCGACGCGAGGUAGCAGGAGGCAUCAGUCCCGCCGGACGCGAGAAGAUCCAGCGCGCGCUGGAGCGCGAGCGGCAGGAGUGGAUGCAGAAGCAGACGCAGCUUAAAGACCGGGUGGAGGAGCUCGAGCGGGAGAUUUCGUUUCAAAAUAUCCGGUGUCAGAGAUUAGAAGAGGAGCGCGACGAGGCGGUGAAGUCGUUGACGAAGGAGGUUGAGCGGAACGGGCGGUUGAAGCAGAUGAAUACGGAGCUCAGAGAGCAGUUGAAGGUGAAGAAGAGUAAAGAUCAGAAGAGCGGCAAGGCUGCGAAGACGACGGUUGUGGCGUCGGAGGACUCGUGGUCGACCGAGGAGUCGGAUGUGGUUGAGCCUGGAAAGCGCGCGACGAGAAAGAAGGUGCGUCGGCCGAGUACGAAGCGGCAGCCAGCGCGAGUAGUUGUGAAAUCCGACACCGAGAGCUUUGCAGAUUACGACGAUGAAGAAUCGGUGUCAGACACAGACUCCAUUGACGAAGACGUGGACGAGUACGACGACGACCUAGCAUCUGAAACCGAACAAGUUCCAGCUCGUCGCUCAAAACGCGCAAGCCACCGCCCAGCAGCAGCAGCAGCAGCGCAGCGUCAUCGUCACCGACCGGCGCGAGAGAAAGCUGAAAGGAUACCCCGCCCGACGGCGGAGAUGAAGAAAGUGAUGGACACGCUGAACGCGCACAAUCCGACGAGCUGCACCGUCUGCACGCGGCAUCGCGUCCGUCUCAACCACGGCACUGCUGGCGCAUACAUGCCCGCGAGACCCUCCGCGUUCGACUCGCGACCUAGCGCGCCGGUCCCUGACACAGCUGCUCGCGCAGACAACAGCGGCGCCGACGGGCAAUGGCAGGAAGAACACACGAUGCGGCCGUCAAUGCCGGCCGACGAAGCCGCCGCGCGCGUGCUAAGCCAGCUCGAGGACGAAUUCCGCCACCUCAAGAUCCGGUACCAGACCGAAGUGAGCGAGUACGAGCGACUCGACGCGGCGGUCGGCAAGCGGCGGCGGAAGGCGGUGGUCGCGCGGUUAAGGGCUACGGUCGAUGCGCUUGAGAAUAAGGCUGAUCAGAUUUAUGCGAUGUAUGACGUGCUGGAGGCGAAUAUGGCCACGGACGCGUAUCGGAUGGGGAAGUUUGGAGGAGGGGGAGGGGGUGUGAGCGCGGGAGGGGUGCAGAGCGAGGGGAUAUGGAGCUCUGCUUUGCCUAGGAGGGUGUAG